CUGCCAUCUUGCGUCCCCGCGUGUGUGCGCCUAACCUCAGCUGGUCUGCCCGAGACCACCUGAGCGCCAACCCUAGUCCCCCGCGCGGCCCCAUUUCCGCUCCAACAAGAUGAAAGAAACUAUCAUGAACCAGGAGAAACUCGCCAAACUGCAGGCACAAGUGCGCAUUGGUGGGAAAGGAACUGCUCGCAGAAAGAGGAAGGUGGUUCAUAGAACAGCCACAGCAGAUGACAAAAACCUUCAGUUCUCUUUAAAGAAGUUAGGGGUAAACAAUAUCUCUGGUAUUGAAGAGGUGAAUAUGUUCACAAAUCAAGGAACAGUGAUCCACUUUAACAACCCUAAAGUUCAGGCAUCUCUGGCAGCAAACACUUUCACCAGUACGGGCCAGGCUGAGACAAGGCAACUGACAGAAAUGCUCCCCAGCAUCUUAAACCAGCUUGGUGCCGACAGUCUGACCAGUUUAAGGAGAUUGGCUGAAGCUCUGCCCAAACAAUCUGUGGAUGGAAAAGCACGACUUGCCACUGGAGAGGAGGAUGAUGAUGAAGUUCCAGAUCUUGUGGAGAAUUUUGAUGAGGCUUCCAAGAAUGAAGCAAACUGAAUUGAGUUAACUUCUGAAGAAGAUAAAUCUUGAAGAAGUUACUGGGAGCUGCUAUUUUAUAUUAUGACUGCUUUUUAAAAUUUUGUUUAUGGAUCUGAUAAAACCUAGAUCUCUAAUAUUUUUAAGCCUAAGCCCCUGGACACUGCAGCUCUUUUCAGUUUUUGCUUAUAUACAAUUCAUUCUUUGCAGCUAAUGAAGCUGAAGAAGCCUAAGAAUAAAGUUUGAGACAAAGAUAAAUAAAAUUCUUUGCCUAGUAUAUGGUUUUAUUUUUUAUUUCAUUGAUACCAAUUUGUACACAGAAGGCAAAAUUGUUUAUAGAAAGCUAAUCAUGGCAUGUAAUAUGACUGAUAAUCAUGAAUGGAAUCUGAUUAAAGAUUUAAAAUG